UCUACGAUUUUGAAAAUGACGCACUUCUCAGCGUUCCGUUUCGUUGUCAUACUGAUGACCUGGCAGACCCUCACCACUUUUACUUUGGGGGAACAACUACCUAAAGAACUCGACGACGCAAAAUCAAAAGAGACAAGCGAUGUUCUAAUGCAGCAAAUAAACAAAAUAACGAAACCCUUGAUAGCAAAAAUUGCGCUACUUGAGGCAAGGAUAACUGAACUAGAAGUUCAAGUUCAACGGCAAGAAUCCGUGAUUCCGUCAAUAAAAAAUCAAGAAUCAACCAACAAUCAGCCUAUUUUAGAGAAUUCCGAAACCAACAGCGCAUUAGUUCGAAACGCAGAUGCCGAUCUGAGACAGGGAACUCGUAUGCCGACGUCAUGUUUAGACUUGAGAGCUAAUGGACACACUUCAAACGGAUUGUAUUCCAUUAUGGGAUCGAAAUAUGUUGAAACUGUUUUCUGCGAUUUCUCAAAACAAUCUUUUGAAACAAGUUUCCAAAAAUGGAUCGGUUACGUUGAUGUCAAAACGGCCCCAGUCUAUUUCUAUGUAAAUAGGAAUAGUCAUCUGCCAACUGUGAACGUAUCGAUUACGUACGAAUCUGCAAGGGUGAACGUAGGAGGAGGAAUGAACGAAGCUACAGGAAAAUUCACGGCACCCCGAACGGGAAUUUAUUUCUUCUCCUUUUCUGCAGUGGCGGCCUUCCCCGCGUCCUCAACCUUACUGGAAUUCUCAGUUGGUCUUUAUUUGAAUGGUGCCCUGAUUGGCGCGAGCUAUGUCGAAGAAGCUAACAUCGACAGUGUCAACCACCAUGACUGUCCAUUUUCCCUCCAGUCGACGGUAUCUUUGAAUAAGGGUGAUCAAAUCUGGCUUCAAAUUCGACUCCUGUCAUCGCGAGUAUAUUUAGCUAAUCACUACACCUAUUUUACUGGUUGGCUGAUAGAAGAAGACCUUUCCCAAUCACUUUUGUGAUCAGGCUUUGUGAACCUGUGUUUUGGAAAUACACUUAAAGAUGACCGC